AUGAGUGACGCUGAUUAUGCAUUGGAGGCCGCUAAAGGUCGAAAUGAAAAAUUAAAGUCCAACUCAAAAUACUUAGAGCGAUUACGCAUAGAAGCCAGGCGAAAUUACUUGUCAAAGAGAGAGGAGGAAAGGUUGCAAUUGGCAGAGCGCCUGCUAGCUGAGAAGGAAUUUGUUUACUCAGCAUAUGCAGGUAAAAGGGGUAAAGAGGUCAUUGAACUUGAGAAGAGGACAAUAGAACUGGCCAAAGAAGCUGCUGAGGCUCGUAACAGAUUAGAAUCGCAGUUAGAAUACCACUUACCUGAUAGCUACGAUGAUAAUGUAAGCGCCAAACUCGCAUUAAUUAAUAAACGUGCAAUCGAUAGAUCGAGUAAAACAACCCAAGACAAUGAAUUUUUGAGUUGGGAAUCAUCAAAAAUAGCCAAUGUCAAAAAGUCAUUGCGUACUCCUUCUGGAAAGAAAGCAUUAUUUGACCUAGUACCCAAUGAAGAUGGAAUUGAGUUUAUUAAAUCUGAAAUACAUGGGGAAAUGAAAUUUGAUACUAAUGCACCUGCUGCUUCUACAAUUGAAAUUAAAAAGACUUUUGACGAGGAGGAUUAUGACACCGAUGACUCUGAUGCCCCUGAAACUUUUGCUGAGAAAGUACUAUGGAAGAAGACUAAACAGGAAAGGCUUCAACAUCAAAAAUUGACUGAGGAACGCACAAAACUUCCCGUAUUCAGUUACAGGCAAGAACUCUUGGAGGCAGUGCGUAAAUAUCCAAUUGUUAUUGUGGUGGGUGAAACUGGUUCUGGUAAAACUACCCAAAUACCGCAAUAUUUAUACGAAGUAGGAUAUGGAAAAGCUGGUAGGAUCGCAUGCACUCAGCCCAGACGGGUGGCAGCUAUGGCUGUAGCCAGUCGGGUGGCGAAGGAACAAAAUGUUAAGCUCGGCACUCGUGUGGGAUAUACAAUCCGAUUCGAAGAUUGUACAAGCAAGGAAACAGUCAUUAAAUACAUGACUGACGGAAUGUUGCUUAGAGAAAUGAUGAGUGAACCAGAUUUGAGCAGUUACUCUUGUCUAAUGAUUGAUGAGGCCCACGAGCGAACGAUUCAUACUGAUAUAAUUUUUGGACUGGCAAAGGAUUUAUCUAGAUAUAGACAAAACUUCAGACUGAUAGUAAGUUCUGCUACACUUGAAGCGGAAAAAUUUGCAGCUUAUUUCGAUGGUGCCCCUAUUUUCAAUGUUCCUGGCAGGCGAUAUCCAGUGCAAAUUUAUUAUACCAAGGCUCCCGAAGCGAACUAUUUAACGGCUAGUGUGGUUACAGCGCUGCAAAUACACCUAACCCAGCCUUUGGGUGAUAUAUUAAUAUUCCUCCCUGGACAAUUGGAGAUUGAACAGGUUCAGGAAGAGUUGGAAGCUAGAAUUAGGGGCUUCCAAAAGGAAAUUAAAGAACUAAUAGUACUCCCAAUUUACGCAACACUUCCUAGUGAACUGCAGGCGAAGAUAUUUGAACCUACGCCUCCAAAUGCUAGAAAGGUGAUAUUAGCUACAAAUAUCGCAGAAACUUCGAUUACCCUGGAUAAUAUAGUUUAUGUCGUAGAUCCUGGGUUUUGUAAACAGAAUUCGUACUCACCAAAAACAGGAAUGGAAUCCCUAAUAACCGUCCCCUGUUCAAAAGCUUCCGCCAAUCAGCGUGCUGGAAGAGCGGGUCGUGUACGUGCUGGCCAUUGCUUCCGCCUGUAUACAAAGUUUUCCUAUGAAAAGGAGAUGGAUGACACAAAUCUACCUGAGAUACAACGAUGCAAUCUCUCACAUACGGUGCUUAUGCUUAAGUCACUGGGCAUUGAUGAUUUAAUUAAUUUCGACUUCAUGGAUCCACCUUCACCAGAUACCCUUAUAAAAUCUUUGGAAUUGAUAUAUGCCUUAGGAGCUUUGAAUAGUAGCGGCGAGCUAACUAGAUUGGGGCGUAGAAUGAGUGAAUUACCAAUAGACCCUAUGUUUUCAAAGAUGAUUAUUGGUGCCGAUAAGUAUGAAUGCGUCGACGAAUGUAUAACCAUUUGUGCAAUGUUGAGCGUGGGUAAUAGCAUAUUUUAUAGGCCUAAAGAAAAGGCUAUGCACGCUGAUAAUGCUCGAAAGAAUUUCUUCAAACCGGGUGGGGAUCAUUUAGUGCUACUGAAUGUAUACAAGCAGUGGGAGGAAACAGAGUUCAACGCUAGUUGGUGUUUUGAGAAUUAUGUGCAACAGAAAUCGAUGAGAAGGGCUAAGGAUGUGAGGGAGCAGCUUUUGGAUAUGAUUGAGAAAGUGCAACUAAAAAUUUCAUCAAGUCCCACAAACUACGACGGUAUUAAAAAGGCGGUUACAGGGGGUUUUUUCCCUAACGCUGCUCGCAAAGUUAGUCCUGAUCCAAAAUCAAGUUAUAAGACACUCAAGCACCCACAUACAGUGGAGAUACACCCACAAUCCAGUUUGUUUGGCCAGGAAUCUAAAUUUGUAAUCUAUACAGAGUUGGUACUGACAACUAAGGAAUAUAUGAGGAAUGUCAUUGAGAUACAGCAGGACUGGUUGGUAGAGCUUGCUCCGCACUAUUAUAAGGAGUCUGACUCUUGUUUCAAGGUAAUGUCCAAUAAGGGAAGACCUCGCAGUUAA